GUCGAAAAGAGGUUGGAGUUUGAGCGCAGGGCGAACCUUUGUCUGGAGUGGAGCAGGCUGACGGACCUCGAGUCGCUGUUCGUUGACCUGAGGGGUAUUGCGCAUUCCGAAGGUUGGCGUCGGAAGCCUUAUGUGCUCUAUGAGCAUGUGGUCGACUUGGCUUCCUCUCUGCAGGGGAAGGGGUUGAAAAUCUUGGUGAUCGCUGGCUUGAGGUCUGAGGGGCGGUAUCCCGGGCCUGAGCCAGCAACAAUCAUCGAGAUUGACGAAGGUGAGUGGGAUCCAGCCACGAAACUGUGGCGGGUAACAAGAGGUAAUAAAAUCAACUGGUGGAGGUUGUUUCGCGGUGCGGUCCGGCCCGGCGGACGGCUUAUCCUUGUAGACAAGCGACAAGGCGAUGGCUCAUUGACAUGGAGCUACCCCAUUAUCCUACCUACCCUCCUUCCCUAUCAGCUAAGUUGUCCAACGGCAAUGGCAUCCGGCCGCCGAAACAGCAACACUGAUGCUGGCAGGGCUGUGCCGACCAUCCUCGAAUGGUUCGCUUCUCCAGCCUCACCGCGACACAGACACACAAGAGACCGGCCUCACCGUCACCAGCCCCGAGAUUCCGAGCAUCCGGUUCGAGAGCAUGCCCCCGACGGCACCACAAGGACAGCCCCACGCCGCACCGCAGCCUCCAUGAGAGUGAUAAUCAAGGUCAAGCCCCUGGAUGACGGGCUCCUCGACCUCACCCUCCUUGUUAAAUAUGGCUGCUCCAUAUCCAACCUCGAGCCUUAUCUCAGGCAAAACCAUCGUAUUCGAAAUCGGCCCUUACCCGAGCAUGCAUCCUUCCAGCUCUAUGGCCCAGAUUGUCGAGAAUUAACACUUGACGAGAGAAUCAACAGCGACAUGUCGACAAUAUGGUACCGCGUGUCCAAGUCUAAAGACAAGGCCGACAACUGGAGGUUCUCUAAAUGGCCGGACCUGACUGAUGCACCCCUGAAGCCCUCGCUGACAAGUGCCUUGCUCGAAGCCAUCAACGCUGGAGCCACCGUUGGGGAGCUAAGGCAGAGGAUCGCAGAGCAUAUGGGAAUCAAAGAUGCAAACAGAAUCGUUCUUGUCGCCAGAGACGGUGUGCGGCGCGGCUCGCUGCACGGAAACUGCUGGCAGGUACGCCAGGUCAAGAACUGGCUCUGCCGUUGGCUCAGCAUCGACAUCAACCCGGAGAAAGGCUAUGUCGUCCUCCGGGGAUUGGGGAGGGAAUACCUCUACCACCCCAAAGCCGAGAGCGUCUCGGCCGACAUGGCUGUGGAAGGCCUCCAGGAGUACUUUGAGACCCGGAUUCUGCAAGCUGUAUGUCGGCAUGGGAGGAGCAAGCCGAGGGCACCGUGUGGACUCCGACUCUGUCUCGAUGGCAAAGCCUUGAGCCGCUCCGCUCCCGUAGUUUUGGGCGCCACCUACGACUUUGAGCUUUCGGACGACGCAGCCGACACCUUUUCGGAUGAAGAGUCGUGGCUGUUGCUCCCAACAAAGACGUGCAGUGCUUGCAUUGAGGACAAGAAAGUCACCGAGAUGCCUAUCAGAGUCACGAGACGCUGUAAGCAUGAACCGACAAUAUGCAAGGAGUGCUUGCAGCAAUGGUUAGAGUCAGGCGUUGCCGACGGCGCUUGGGAAACAGGGCUCAAAUGUCCCGACUGCUCUGAGCUUCUUGAGCACCGGGACGUGAAGCGGUACGCAUCAAAGGAGGUUUUUGAGCGAUACGACAACUGGCUGCUGCGCGCCGCCCUCAAGAACUUUCCAAACUUCCACUUCUGUCUGUCCCCGGGAUGCAAGUCCGGCCAAAUCCACCAUCCCCGGUCUCCAUGCCCAGAGCUCAGGUGCAUCGCCUGCAACGCCCGCCAGUGCGUGGAGCACAAUAUCCCCUGGCACAGCGGGGAGACCUGCGAGCAAUUCGACCGCCGAAAUCGCCAGCGAAAAAGGGACGAGAAGGCUUCAGAGGAAGAAAUCAAGAAAACGACCAAGACAUGCCCAAAGUGCCACAAGGCGGUCCAUAAAUACACCGGAUGCAAUCAUAUUACCUGUGUAUGCGGUCAUGAAUGGUGUUAUAUCUGCCUAGCCCCGUACGAGCGCAACCGACACGACUUCCUUUUCUGCCGGCACACGCCCGAGUGCACCGAG